CGGCGACGGCGGCGGAGGCGGCGGCAGUCUCGUGGGGGCUACAGCGACGGGAGUUUGGUCCCCGGUGACGCUGUGCUUCCCCGUGGAUUGGAAGGAGAACCCGCGCGAACAUGUGUUCAUGGCCGAUCUCCCGGGGAUGAGGAUGGAGGAGAUCAAGGUGGAUGCACUGGACGACCGGAUCCUCCGGAUCCAGGGCAAGAGGCAAAGGGCAGCGCAGGCGGCGGACGAGCAGUUCCUCCUGAUGGAGAGGCCCGUGGGUAGCUUCACGAGGGUCUUCUACAUGCCGAAUAACGCCGAUCUCCGCCGCGCCAGGGCGGAGAUGGAGAGCGGCGAGCUCACCGUCGUCGUCCCCAAGGUCCGGAACCGCGAGAACGAGAUAAGUGUCACAUCCAUCCCCAUCUCGAUCGAUCGCGCUGGUAAUUAGAUGCGUGCGUUUAUUUUGGGGAACUUGGAGCGGGUUUCUGCUGGGGUUUUGCUUUGAUUGAUUUUGAGUCGAGGGCGGCUACUAGCGUGCGUGCGUAUAGCCGGUAAGAGUACGAGUACACGCCCGAGUACACGACCGUAAUGGUGAUAUACUGAUACACUACUGAUAUCACAAUUUUUACGGUGAUCGUCGGAUCUCGAAGAUUUGCGGCCUUGUCGUCGUUUGAUGAUUUGAAUAUACCGAAUUAGUUCCAUGUCAUUUUGAGCAUUUAUAGAGGUUCAAUGAUAACGACGUGUCGCACCGGGAUCAUUUGAGGAUCAUGUUGCGGUUGAUUCGAGAUGAUAUACGGGCAUUAUUGGCUACGAGACCUAGACUUUGGAGCAUCUGCUAAUUCGAGGUUUCUCUUGGACUUCAACGUAUAAAAGAAACUUGAUUAUAUUUCAUACUUCUUGGUGAUUAUUAUAUAUGUGAGCUUUGUAGGAUCCAUGGCGAUAAUAUGUUUAAAUCUUACCACUGAGAAACCAAUAUUUGGUCAGAGAAUACGAUACGAGCACGAUGCUUUAGGGCCGAAGUUAUCAUCUCAAUCCACGUUUAUGUUCAUAUCGCUGAUUUCAAUUUUUUUUCGUUCUUACCACUGAGAAACCAAUAUUUGGUCAGAGAAUACGACACGAGCACGAUGCUUCAGGGCCAAAGUUAUCAUUCUCAAUCCACGUUUAUGUUCAUUUCGCUGAUUUCAAUUUUUUUUCGAUUUUUUUCCACAUUUUUGUUGGGAUUCCAAUGCCCAUUGGACCAGUUAUGAUGCGGCCCACAACAUCUGGCCAGAGAGGGGGAACCAUCUGAAACGCUCUCCGCUAUAUCUACUGUAGAAGAGCUGUACAUUUUUCUUACUCUUAGAAUAAUGUUUUGUUUAUGCUCAAAUUUUAAG